AUGCAAGCUGGGACGCUCAGAAUGCUUGAGAGGCACUCCUUGCUGCUCAGGAUUCUUAUUCUGGCUGUGAGCCACGUUAUGCUUGCUGAUGGCAUCGGAAUCUGCAGAUACGAUGUGCAGGGUGUGACGAUAGCAACCGCCCAAUCACACUGGCACAUCUCCACCUUACUCCACAAGUGUGCUGAGACAACUGCCCAGUUCUCCAAAGAACUGAGUGUGAAAAGCAGUGAAAUCAAUCACCAGGACAACAGUGUGAAAGGCAGUGAAAUCACCAGGACAACAGUGUGCUUCCUGAGCACUAAACUAGACAAAAUAUUUCCAGGAGCAAUUGGGGAGGACAGUGAUAACAGAAGCUCGGCUCCCAGAAGCUUGGAGCCAAACGACUCUGUCCUGGCAUGUAGCCAGGGCGCUGGCCCUCUUUCCAGGGGCCUUACCUCAUUACCAUGGCAGACCUACCAGUGUGACUUAGAGUGGCUGCCACUAAUGGCAGAACCCGGGGCCACCAGAAGUGCAAGUCAGAGGGUUUGGCAUGGGGAUUGGACUUGGCAAAGGAGAGGGGUUGGCGUCAGUGCCUUGGGUUAUUUGCACUCCCUAAACAUUGUUUAUAGAGACUUAAAACCAGAUAAUAUUCUCCUAGGCUCAAAGGGACACAUCAUCCUCACUGACUUUGGGCUCUGCAAGGAGAACAUGGAGCACAACGGCCCAACGUCCACUUUUUGUGGCACACUUGAGUAUCUUGCUCCUGAGGUUCUCCAUAAGCAGUGGUACACCAGGAGAGUGGACUGGUGGUACCUCCGGGCUGUCUUUGAGAUGUUGUAUGGCCUGCCUCCAUUUUAUAACCAAAACACAGCUGAGAUGUAUGACAGUAUUCUGAACAAGCCUCUCCAAUUGAAAACAAAUAUUAUAAACCCAGCAAGGCACCUCUUGGAUGGCCUCCUGCAGAAGGACCAGCCCAAGAGGCUGGGUGCCAAGGAUGACUUUAUGGAUAUUAAGCGUCAUCAUUUCUUCUCUUUAAUUAACUGCAAUGAUCUCAUUAAUAAGACGAUGACACCCCCAUUUAACCCAAAUGUGAGCAGGCCCAGUGACCUGCAGCAAUUUGAUCCUGAGUUUACUGAGGAGCCAGUCCCCAGCUCCCUCGGGCGGUCCCCGGACAGCAUCCUUGUCACGGCCAGUGUGAAGGAAGCUGCAGAGCCUUCCUUGUCUUCUCCUACGCACUGCCCAUGA